GGCCGGCAGGUGCGCGCGGCGGGAGAGGCGUGGUGCAUGGUCGCCUGCUGGACCUUCCGCGCCGCGCUGCCUCGGCUCGUCCCGGGCGAUGCCUCCGCUCUGGGCCCUGCUGGCCCUCGGCUGCCUGCGUCUGGGCUCGGGCGUGAACCUCCAGCCCCAACUGGCCAGCGUGACCUUUGCCACCAACAACCCCACCCUCACCACGGUGGCCUUGGAAAAGCCUGUGUGUGUGUUUGACAGCUCAGCGGCCCUCCAUGGCGCCUACGAGGUCUACCUCUACGUCCUGGUUGACUCGGCCAGCUCCAGGAAUGCCUCCGUGCAGGACAGCACCAAGACCCCGCUGAGCUCGACGUUCCAGCAAACGGACGGAGGGAGGACAGGCCCCUACAAGGCCUCGGCCUUUGACCUGACCCCCUGCAGCGACCUGCCCAGCUUGGAUGCCACCCAGGAUGUGUCCCGGGCCUCGGAGAUCCUGAACACAUACCUGAUCAGGGUGGGCGCCAACAGAACCUGCCUGUCUGACCCCAACUUCCGGGGCCUCUGCAACCCGCCCCUGUCAGGAGCCACGGAAUACAGGUUCAAGUACGUCCUUGUCAAUAUGUCCACGGGCUUAGUACAGGACCAGACCCUGUGGUCGGACCCCAUCCGUACCAAGUGGCUCACCCCAUACUCGACGAUCGACACGUGGCCGGGCCGGCGGAGUGGGGGCAUGAUCGUCAUCACGUCCAUCCUGGGCUCCCUGCCCUUCUUCCUGCUUGUGGCCUUUGCUGGUGCCAUUGUCCUCAGUCUCAUGGACGUGGGCGGUUCUGACGGAGAAACCACGCACAACUCGCAGAUCUCGCAGGAGGCCGUCCCCAAGUCCCUGGGGAGCUCUGAGGCUUCGUACACGUCUGUGAACCGGGGGCCGCCCCUGGACAGGGCCGAGGUGUAUGCCAGCACGCUCCAGGACUGAGCCGCCGCGCUCCGGGGCCACAGCAUUCUCGCCGGGGCCUUGCCCAGGGGUCUGCUGGCAGCCAGUGUUCAUACCUGGACCCCACCCAGGGUGAAACGGGGCAUGUUGGUCCCACUGCAGGAAAACGUGUCAUAAAGUCUUCCCAAGAUU